AUGGCGGCUCUAGGACAUCCUGCUCCAGAGGCACCGGCGGCCCCAGGCCCGGGUACCGCCCGCGCGCCCCGCAGACCCCGGGUCCCUGGCCCGGUUCCUGGCUCCCGGAAUCCUCCCACUGUCUGUCUCUGCUCAGGGCAACCCACGUGCAAUGUCGCCGCCUGCAGGGCGCACCCCGUAGGCGAUGACACAUCCUUGAAGAAGCGAAAGAAUAAGAAGAAAACCCGAAACAGGGCCUCUGUGGCGAAUGGAGGCGAGAACUCCUCCGAAAACCUCGCCCCAGAGGAAGCCCCCUUGAGCGCUGAGGCCCAGGCGAAACAGCUGGCCCAGGAGCUGGCCUGGUGCGUGGAGCAGCUAGAGCUGGGCCUCAAGAUGCAGAAACCCACCCCAAAACAGAAAGAGCAGGCUAUCGGGGCCAUCCGAACUCUGCGCAGCAAAAGGGCCCCGCUGCCCCGGAAGAGGCAACUGAUGCGCUCCUUGUUUGGGGACUACAGGGCUCAGAUGGAGGCUGAGUGGCAGGAGGCCCUGCGGGCUCUCAGGGCUGCUGCCCAUUCAGCUCAGGUACAGCCUGUAGAUGAGACCACCAGAAAGAAGAGCCGAAGGGUCUGCAGGCCUCGCCCUGUAGGGAGAGCCAAGGCCACUGUGGACACUCCUGAUGAAGAGUUUAGGUUCAAUUUCUUUUAGCCUCUCUCCAAUCCUGGCACAGUCCCCCUCCCCAGGGGUAAUGUGGGGUCUGUCUUGAGUGCAGAACAUUUCCAGGAAUUCUCUGUUGACAUAUGUGAGGUUGGUCUGUCCCUGGCUGGUCCAAGGAUCUGGGGCUGUUGGUCAGGUAUGGGACCGUCCAAUAGGCACAGGACCCCAUUUGUAGGUUUUCUGAUGAAAUCCUCCUCCUGCCAGAAGAGAGACAGAGG